AGUCCUAGUGUGUAUCUGCUUCCUCCUCUGGCUGACACAUUGCUGGGGAGUUCCGGGCACUUGUAUACAGACCUGAGUGUGUUUCAACAACAUCUGUCAUACCGACCCUACUGGUAGUCGAAGAGGGCAACUGCUGCAAAGUGACAUGAGGAUAAAACAAGUGUAGAAUGAAGAGGUGUGCAUGAGACAGGAAGAUAUCAUUCCGUGAUCAUCAAUUAAAAAGUAACUAAGAGGCAAGAAGAAGACAGAGGCUCAAAGCAACCUCUCUAUAUGGAAGACAUGGCAGAGAAACAAGAAAUUAAAAGUUGCCAGGAUGGAGUGGAUGUGCAUGGCAAUGGUGGCUCUCAGGAGCUGUUGGGUCACCCAGGGAGGGUUUUGAAGACCAUUCCUAUACCUAAUGAGAUGAGCUGUCAAGUUAAAAAUGAAGAGCAAGAUUCCCCUCCAACCUCUCCAUUGCCCCCACCCAUAUUCCUAUAUCCAGGUGCAAGGAAGCAGAAACCACCUAGAAAUGUAUCUUCUAACAGCAGUGGGGCAGUAUCACACUCUGUGCAGGAGCACACUCAUAGGUCUUCCUCCUCCUCAUUAUCCUCUUCAUCAUCCUUACCAUGCUUCCCAGAUCUUCCUUCACCAGAAUCAGGGGGGCUCUCCCCAUCCUCCUCCCUGCAGCUUAUGAUGCUGAUGAUGAAUUACACUGGUACUGCAGGAAUAGGCAACCACAGCAAUGACAAAUCCCAGAAAAAUCCAAAUUAUCUGAUGGCGAAUGAGCGGAUGAACCUGAUGAACAUGGCAAAGCUGAGUAUAAAGGGACUAAUUGAGUCCGCUCUAAACCUGGGCCGGACUCUCGACUCUGACUAUGCACCCCUCCAGCAGUUCUUUGUGGUUAUGGAGCACUGCCUGAAGCACGGCUUAAAGGCUAAGAAGACUUUCCUAGGGCAGAACAAGUCCUUCUGGGGUCCUCUGGAAUUGGUGGAAAAACUUGUACCUGAAGCUUCAGAGAUCACAGCAAGUGUAAAAGACCUACCUGGCCUCAGGACACCAGUGGGCAGAGGCCGGGCAUGGCUUCGCCUUGCAUUGAUGCAGAAGAAACUUUCAGAAUAUAUGAAAGCCCUUAUUAACAGAAAAGAUCUCCUCAGCGAGUUUUAUGAACCAAAUGCACUAAUGAUGGAAGAGGAGGGGGCUAUCAUUUCUGGGCUGCUUGUUGGUCUGAACGUGAUUGACGCUAAUUUCUGUAUGAAGGGGGAAGACCUAGAUUCACAGGUUGGAGUAAUUGAUUUUUCGAUGUACCUAAAAGAGGGACCCAUAACCAAAUGCAGUGAGGGGGAUGGUCAAAUAACUGCCAUUCUUGAUCAGAAGAAUUAUGUAGAAGAACUCAACAGACAAUUAAGUGCCACAGUAAACAACUUACAGGCUAAAGUGGACGCACUAGAGAAAUCAAACACUAAACUUACUGAAGAGCUUGCAGUUGCUAACAACCGUAUCAUAACAAUGCAAGAAGAAAUGGAAAGAGUUAAAGAAGAAAGUUCAUAUUACUCAGAGUCAAACCGUAAGGCAAAUAAACAAGAACGGAGCGCAGACGCUCAGGCACUCAGUGAAGCAAGGAAACACUUAAAGGAAGAAACACAGUUAAGAUUGGACAUAGAGAAGGAGCUGGAGGUGCAGAUAGGGAUGAGACAAGAGAUGGAGCUGGCUAUGAAGAUGUUGGAUAAAGAUGUUUGCGAGAAGCAAGACGCUCUAGCAGCACUCAGACAACAGAUCGAUGAUCUCAGGGCAUUAAAGCAUGAACUGUCCUUUAAACUGCAGUCUUCAGACCUUGCAGUAAAACAGAAGACUGAGUUACACAGCCGCUUGGAGGAAAAGACUAAUCAGAUGUCCGCUACUAUUAAGCAGCUGGAGCAGAGAUUACGUGUAUCGGAGAGAGAUCGUCAUUCUGCAGAGGAAGCCAACCGCCUCUUCAAGCAAGAAUUUGGUGACAAGAUAGAAAGACUUCAGCUGGAAGUGGAUGAACUCAGAAAACAGUGUUCUCACUAUGAAAUGGAACUGCAGAAGGAGAGAAGAAGACGCUACUCCGGUCAUCAUAAAGGGUCUCCUGAAAACAGAUCCUCGCCCAUAGGAAGCCAGCAAAGAAACCGAAUCGGAAUGCCCAACUUGGAAGACGCACAAUCUCCUAAGGUUUUAGAGAAAACUGUGAGCCCAAAGAAAGUAGUGACUGAAAAGGCGGAUUUUAACAUGAACAGCUCACCAUCAACCAAAUAUGGAGGUGAGGAUCUUGUUAAUGAAAUAAAAAUACCUGAAAUGUGCGAGUUGUGUCAAGAGGAAGCCAGCAUCAUGCUACCAAAGAAUGAAUGCAAGAACUGUGGAGGGAUAUUUUGUUCCAAUUGUUCCACCAACGAACUUCCUCUUCCUUCUUCCAUUCACCCAGAGCGGGUUUGUAACCCAUGUCACAAAAGACUGAUACAGCAGUACUCCAACAGUCCUUCUUAAGGAGCACCUUGUUGUAUAAAAGGACAAUAGUAAAAGUACACACUGUAUCUCGGAGAUAUUCAUACGUCACUAUGCAGACCCAAAAGAAAGGAUCCAUCCGGUGACGUGACACCUGGCCUCUCAGAAGACAAAUGACAAGGAAAGAAGCGAUAUAGUGGACAUCUCAUUUUUGACAGAUAUGCAGAUGAUUAUACAGUAUUAUAUAUAUAUAUAUAUAUAUAUAUAUAUAUAUAUAUAUAU